CAAAGUAAAACCCUAAUCUAAACCGUCCAUCGUCAGAAGCUUGACAACACUCAGCCACUACAAAACCCUAGCUAUCUCAUUUGACAACGUUAGAAAACCCUAAUUCGCAGUCGCACUCGAGAUGGGUGAAGAAGUGAAAACAAUUGUUCCGGAGUCGGUGCUGAAGAAGCGAAAGAGGGAAGAGGAAUGGGCGUUGGCGAAGAAGCAAGAACUCGAAGCUGCGAAGAAGAAGAGAGCCGAGAGCCGCAAGCUCAUCUACAACAGAGCUAAGCAGUACGCGAAGGAGUACGAUGAGCAGGAGAAAGAAUUGAUUAGGUUGAAACGUGAGGCCAAGUUGAAAGGUGGAUUUUAUGUGGAUCCAGAGGCUAAGCUCUUGUUUAUUAUUCGCAUCCGUGGUAUUAAUGCCAUGCACCCCAAGACAAGGAAGAUCUUGCAGCUGUUGCGAUUGAGACAGAUAUUCAAUGGUGUAUUUCUCAAAGUCAACAAAGCCACAGUGAAUAUGCUCCGCAGAGUUGAGCCUUAUGUGACUUAUGGAUACCCUAAUCUGAAGAGCGUGAGAGAACUUAUUUAUAAGAGAGGGUAUGGAAAGCUAAACAAGCAAAGAACUGCUCUAACUGACAACUCCAUCAUUGAGGAGGCUCUUGGCAAAUUUGGAAUCAUAUCCACUGAAGAUCUUAUUCAUGAGAUCAUCACUGUUGGUCCUCACUUUAAGGAGGCUAACAACUUCCUUUGGCCAUUUAAGCUCAAGGCUCCUUUGGGUGGCUUAAAGAAGAAGAGAAACCAUUAUGUUGAAGGAGGUGAUGCUGGAAACCGGGAGAAUUACAUCAAUGAGCUAAUCAGGAGAAUGAAUUGAGCUGAGUCUCUGUUCAAAUCAUUGAUUAGGAGGAUCAAUCUUUCCUUGUUGGUUUUUUAGAUCAAGAUCAGACUAUUUUAUUAUCCGAAAUUUUGAAAAUAUCACAUUCCUGACUUUGUUAAAUCAUUUUGUUAAGGUUGAAUUUCUUUUUCGUUUUAUAUAAGUAUUGAGUGUGAUAAUUUAAUUUUAAGUUAUCCAUAUUAUUAUGCUUGGUUUUA